AUGUCCGCUUUUGACACGCAGGCCAAGCACUUCCUAAAGAUCCGCUCUUCCUUACAGAAAGCGGCCACAAGAUUCAGCAACAUCAGCAACCAGAUGUUGUGUGAUUUAAGGAUCGUUCUUCUGGGUAAAACUGGAUCAGGAAAAAGUGCGACAGGAAACACCAUCCUGGGCAGAAAGGCCUUUGAAGUUGUUGAUUUCAUGAAAUCAGCCAAUAAACUGUGUGAGAAACAGGAAGGAGUGGUGGGUGGAAAGACCGUCUCUAUAACUGACACUCCAGGACUAUUUAACACAACUGUGAACAAACAGCAACUGAAGGCUGAAAUAGAAAAGUGUGUAGAGAUGUCCUCUCCUGGUCCUCAUGUGUUUCUGCUGGUGUUUAAACUGGGUGUGAGAGUCACAAAAGAGGAGAGAGACACGGUGAAAUGGAUUCAGGAGAACUUUGGAGAAGAAGCUCUGUGUCGAACCAUCAUUCUGUUCACUCACGCUGAUCAGCUGAAGGAAAAGCCUUUGGAUGAGUACAUCAAGAAAAGUGAUUAUUUACAAGAAAUAGUUGACAUCUGUGGUGGCAGAUAUCACUCAUUCAACAACGAGAACAGAAACAAUCAAGAUCAGAUCACUGAACUGCUGAAAAAGAUCAAUGCAAUGAUGGAGGAAAAUUAAAUGAUGCAUUACACUCUUGAGAUGUUUAAAUCAACUCAGAUAAAGA